AGAAGUAUGCCACUGUCACCUUUGACGAUUCAUGACCACCAGGCUUCGGUCCCGGGACAGCAACCUGCGCAACUGAGUAUGUAGCUUGGAUCGUACCAUGGCGACAAGGGCACAGGGUCUGAUCGGAUCGGCGGGCGGUGUGACUGCUACCGUUCAUCACUGACACUGAAAACAUUUGUGAGUCCCUGGAAGACAAACCGGUCACACAUCUCGUCAUGCCUCAUGAAGUUCUGGCCGCUGAUGAUCCGGAGAACGGGCACCAGGCGACGGGGUUGGGCUUGCUCUACUGGCCUUCUGAUGAGGCGGACUUGGUCGCGACCCUUACCGGGCUUCAGAAUAGCCUCCUCACGCGUCCUGACAUGGAAAUGUUUUGGGGUUCAACUGAGGCUUAAAAAGACGGUGAAGUUGAUUUUCUCAUUAAACUUGCAUUGGUAUCGUGGCGAAGCAGCUGAAUUCCGCAUGUGGUAUUGCUGUUUCGCAUGUAAGUCUGCUUGGCCGAUUGGAUGCCUUGAGCGGAGACCAUGUUUUGAAGCCAGUCAGAGGCCAUUCCCGAGGUCCGGCGUGAAUGGGCCAAGACAUUUGAAACACCGAUUUAAUUGAAGGUUAAGCAGCCGGAGGGGGAAGGCUGAGGCCUUGGUAAAGGAACGGCCAAAGAAGCAAAA